AUGCACCCCGUCGACGAGCAGCUCACCGUCGUCCACUCGGUCGCCCUCGACAUCCUUCCCUGGCCCGCGGUGCGCAGCCGUGUGCUUCGAGCGAUCAAGGCCAAGCUGCUGGACCACGACACAUUCAAAAUCGACAUUAUGUUCGGCACCGACGCAGAGCGCAUCGUCAUUUCGCCCUUUCGCAUCCACAAUGCGCCCACCGAUGACGCCUUUCGCCUCGACGACGACGCUUCCUUUGAGGCCACGAUGGAUCCCGGCAAUUGGGAGUGCUCAAAGACAUGGCUCGAAAAGUACUGGUUCAUCGUCGACGAGAGCAUCGUGCAGCGGACCAACUACUGGUGGGAGAAGCAGGGCCUGGCUCCGGUCAUCACCUUUGGCAACCCGGUCUGGCCCGGCUCUCACGCCCUUUUCUCCUUUCGGUCGAAUUCAUGA